AUGAGCACUCCAACUGAUCAGAAAGAAGUUAUGGAGAAAGGAGAAGCCUCCACUGAUCAGAAAGAAGUUAUUAUGGAGAAAGGAGAAGCCUCCACUGAUCAGAAAUACAACGAUUGGAUUGCAAAAGUCGAUGACAUGGUGGAAUGGCUCUACGAUUAUUGCGACACGCAUUUCCGGCCAACUUUAGAAGAGAAAAUCGCUGAUAUGGAGUACCAAAUCGGUAUGUGUAUCCACGCCCUCGAUUCAAUUCCUCAAGAAAAGAGGCAAUCGGAAUUUGAAAGUGCAGUGUUUGAGCUUACAAAAGGAAGAUUGUAUAAUUCAAUUCCUGGUUGUUACAAGGAGGAGGCAGAGCAUCAUCUAGUGAAUGCUACUAAUUUGGUACCGUAUCUGCUGGACGCUUGGGUUUCCCUCGGCAUCUGCUUUGCCAAGAAAAGAGAUUACCCUAGAGCUAAACACUACUAUCAGUUUGUCCUUACAGUGAAAGAAGACAGCAUGGUUUUACGGCAACUUGCAGACCUUGAACUGCUGUAUGCACGGGUUGCUGAUAAUCCACCACAUCAUAUUGACGAAUGCAUCAAAUAUGCCCAAAGGGCAUUCGCUCUGGAUGACACGGAUGGAUCUUGUUUAUAUAUCUUAGGAAGUGCAUAUUUCUCUUCCUUUAUUCUGGAUGGAGGAUGGAAUCACGAUAAUACUCUAAGGUCAUUAGAAGCUUAUGAAAAAGCUGAGAAAACUCAUGAAAUGAAGUCAAACCCUGAGCUUCAAUAUGAUUGUGGCAUUGUGAAUAGAUUUCUGGAGAACUACAACAAGUCCCUCAUUUGUUUAUCAGAUGCUGCAAUAACGGAUCCUUCUCUUGAUGUGUUACAUCAACUGAAAAUGACGGUCCAGCUUCUUGACAAAUUAGAAGGAUUAGUUCAGGGUAAGAGUAAUGACAAGAGUAAGGGGAAGAUUAAGGGAAAGAGUAAAGGAAAGAGUAAGGGGAAGAGUAAGGGAAAGAGUACGGAAACGAGCUUAUCUUCCCUGAUCCAGUCACUUGAUACUAUUGAUUUGAAUCCUUCAUACAACAGAGCAACUUUGGAUGUCUUAGCUGAAGGCCCUAACAAAGGGCUUGCAGUUAUAGGAGCAGUCCGGUGCUUGGUUAAGUAUGAGUAUAGCACUCCAUUAUACCAUGUGCUCUGUGACUCCAAUGAGAAUAGUUUUGUACUUACAGUGUUUGGCAUACAGAAGGAAGCGAUUAAACAAGGAGAUCAGGUCACACUAUUGGAGCCCUUUUGCAAAUUUGUUGAUUUUGAAUGGGAGGGAAAGCACUAUCAAUUCACAUCUGUGCGAGUUAAUCUUGUGGAACAGGUCCUUGUAAAUGGAAAUGCUCUAUCUCCUAGUUUUGCUAUACGUCAACCAUUACGAUUAUACGCAUAACCUUCUGUCAAUGUCUGUAAGAUACCAACAUUAAUAAGUGGGAUUCUUCAUAUACUUAACUAGGCAAAAUACUCAAAUGCUUGUUUACUACAUGUGGCAACUUGAUAUGAGAUUAACUCUACUGCCUUAUAUUCAUCUUCAUUUGCAAAA